CGAAGGCUGCUGCGGGACGCGUAGCAGGGCGUGGGGACGACCUGAGAGCAGAGCGGCGGGGCGCCCGGAGGUGUCGUAUGCGGAGUCCUCCCCGGCCACGCCAUGCCGAGCUGGAGGCUGCUGGCUCAGGCCGGUGCCCAGGUGCUGGGCCGCGGUGCAGGCGUCCUAGGUGCAGCCCCGGGCUCGGGGAACAGAACAAACAUAUGGCUUUUUGUUAGAAGUCUCAAUGGCAAGAGUUGCACUUGGUGGGAUGAGCAUCUUUCUGAAGAAAAUGUCCCAUUCGUUAAGCAGUUGGUCUCUGAUGAGAAUAAAGCUCAAUUAGCAAGUAAACUGUGUCCUCUGAAAGAUGAACCAUGGCCUGUAUAUCCUUGGGAACCAGGUUCUUCUAGAGUUGGCCUUAUUGCAGUGAAGCUGGGCAUGAUGCCCUUGUGGACCAAGGAUGGUAAACAGCAUGUGGUCACGUUACUUCAGGUACAAGACUGUCAUGUCCUAAAAUAUACUCCAAAGGAAGACCAUAAUGGAAAAAUGGCAGCCCUAACUGUAGGAGGAAAAACUGUGUCACGUUUUCAUAAAUCUCCAUCCAUAUUGGAAUUUUACCAAGAACUUGGAUUACCACCAAAACAGAAAAUCAAAAUCUUUCAUGUGACAGAUAACGCUGUAAUUAAGCCAGGCACUCCUCUUUAUGCUGCCCAUUUUCGCCCAGGACAGUAUGUGGAUGUCACAGCCAAAACUAUUGGUAAAGGUUUUCAAGGUGUCAUGAAAAGAUGGGGAUUUAAAGGCCAGCCUGCUACUCAUGGUCAAACGAAAACCCACAGGAGACCUGGAGCUAUUUCAACUGGUGAUGUUGCAAGAGUCUGGCCUGGAACUAAAAUGCCUGGACAAAUGGGGAACAGAGAUAGGACAGCAUUUGGACUGAAAGUGUGGAGAAUAAACACAAAGCACAAUAUAAUCUAUGUAAAUGGCUCUGUACCUGGACAUAAAAAUUGCUUAGUAAAGAUUAGAGAUUCUAACUUGCCAGCACAUAAGGAUUUCUGUAAAAAUCUACCAUUCCCUACGUAUUUUCCUGAUGGAGAUGAAGAAGAACUACCAGAAGAUUUGUACGAUGAAAAUGUAUUUCAGCUCAGUGCGCCUUCUAUUACAUAUGCCUGACUUAACUGGACAUGGCUGAACCUCAUAUAUUCUGUGGGCUUUGCUGAGCCAGUGCUACAAUAUCACCAGGAACUAUAUUCUUUUUUUUUUUUUUUUGGUCACAACAAUACUAUUUGUAACAUCUUUGUCAAGGGCAUAAAGAUAUUAUUCAUCCCUCAACUAAAUUUUCUUAGAAAAAUUUCCACAUUAAACAAACCAGCUAAGUAGAUUGGAUGGAUGUACCAAAUUAGAGGUGGGCUGGCAGUUUGCAUAUUAGCAAAAUCUUUGUAAUUUUUGAGCUUCACUCUCUUUUAUUAUGUAUUUCCCAAAUUAUCUUAAGAUGUUUAUAAAUUAGCUUCUUUUAUUAGAAGAUUUUGUCUGUCUUCUUGAAGGGAUUGUUGUGAAGCAGUGGAAAAUCAUAUGGGGACUAUAGAGCAGCCUAUUGAAAUAAAAGAAACGUUUCCUAAAUUUCUCUUUUAUUCUACAUCUUAGAGUCCAAUAGGAAGAAAGUGAGAUUUUUAUUUAAAUUACAGAGACAUACAUAUCAUAGUUAAAGACCUGAUAAAAGACAAUGAAACAAAUUAUGCGUCCUGUUUACAUUUCUGUCGAGAGGGAUAAUUAUUUUUUAGUUCAAUCACUCAGUUAAUAAGUGCAAUCAUUUUUCCUUGAAGCCUUCCAGAAAAAAUUUGAAGUGGCCUGGGAUUCUACAUUCAGCAAACUUAUUAAUUGCCUACUAUCGAAAAUGUUUAUGGCCCCUGAGUUUCUCAUCAGUAGGGGAAUUAAGAUAUAUUUCUAAUGGCUACUUAAUGACAAACAGAUAAUUAAGCUUAACAACAUAAGUAAAAGUAAGACUCAUUUAACUACAGAAUUUCCUCUGGACUAGAUUACCAAGGACCCACAGAGCCCAACUUUUAACUCCAGAUGUUGGGUGAGACUUGGUUCAUAGCACCUAAGCCUUAUCAACCAUCGUGUUAUGUCUCCAUGUGAUUUCCUGAUAACUAAUGAAUUUUUGUUUAAAAAAAACCGAUAGUACUUCCUGUCUAUAUCACAUUUCUCUUAUUCUUCAUUUUAAACCCAAGUGUAGUUACAUCUCUUUUUGAAGAUUUUAUUUUACUUCGUUUUAUACCAUUAAAGAUUAGUGGCAACUAACAGGAAAUCUAUGCAAUAAGCAUCUAGGAUGGUACAAAUUAGAAUAAGUGAUGUCAUCCUGGUUGGGGGUUGGGAAGGAAUGGUGCCAAUACAAUAUAAAUGAGCAGACUGACAUACAGAGUGUUACAGUAUUAGUUUGACUUGGAGCUUCCUGGGUGCCAAAUAAGUUACAUUAUUUGUUACAUAACUCACUUUAAUCAUGAGUUCCUCAGGAGGAAUCCUUUUAUUCAUAUUUUUGAAAGUAGUAUUAACUAUUAAACUAAUUUAGUAUUACCUUUUUUUAGGUUUUUGAACAGUGAAAAUAAGUCUGUAAGGAUAAAUUGUCUUUAACUAGAGUAGGUCUAGGGAAAAAAGAAGUCACCACACCAUUUUUGUUUAAAAACAAAAAUAACUUACCAAACUAGAAAUUCCUUAACUUCUUAAAGAAUAUCUCAAGGAAACAUUGUACUCAGUGGUAAAAGAUCAGAAGCAUUAUUGUUAAAGACCAAACAAGGAUAAUCUCUGCAGCUUUUAUUCAGCAAUGUUCUUGGCAGUCCUAGCCAGUGUAGUAAGAGAAAGUAAUGAGAUAAAUAUUGGAAAGUAAGAAUAAUUCUCAUGAUUUGUAGGAAAUAUAAUCUACCUAGAAAAUCAAAAAGAAUCAACUGACAAACUGUUAGAAUCAAUAGAGUUCAAAAAGGUGGCUGAAUACAAGGUUAAUAUACAAACGUCCACUAUAAAAGCAACAAUUAAUUGGGAGGUUUCAUGGCGGGGAGGGAAUGGAUACCAUUUACAACAGUAACAAAAAAUACAGGGUACCUAGGAACAAGCCUAACAAAUGUGCUAGGGUGUUACGGGAAAAGAUAAAAUUUUAUUGAAGGGCAUAAAAGAAUUUGAAUAAGGGGAGAGGAAUACAGUCAUGAAUAGGAAGACUCAAUACUGUAAAUUCAGUUCUAUUUUAAAAUCUCAGCACGACUUGUUAUGUAACUAUUCAAGUUAAUUCUAAAGUUUUUGUGAGUAUAAAUUAAAGAAUAAUCAAAACUUAAUAUGGUACCAGUUAAGUCCACUGCCAUUGAGUCGAUUCCAACCUAUAGCGUCCAUAUAAGACAGAGUAGAACUGCCCCAUAGGGUUUCCAAGGUUGUAAUCUUUACGGAAGCAGACUGCCACAUCUUUCUCCCAAGAAGCAGCUGGUGGGUUCGCCUAUGUUUAGGGACUUAAAAUACAUUUAACUUUGAACUUCAAAAUGCUGUACGUCUUAAUUCUCCUUUUUUGAUCAAAAGUUUUUAAUGAACUUGUAGAUGCAUUAAAGUUUGCUGAUAAAGCAGUGGAAAGCAACUGUUCUCUUUCAAGACAGAUGGAUGAUUAUUGCUGGGAGAACAUAAAAUCUUUUGUCCGCAAAAAGUAUUUGCAGAGAGGAGGAGGGAAAGAAAUUUUUACAUCAUAGUAUCUGAAAAUGGC